AAAUAAAAAUUUAAUUACAGCUCGAUAUUAAAUUUUUUCCAUUUUGGGGAAAUCACCGAAAUAGACUCACAAAAACGACUGUCAACAGAUAAUUGCGCAAGAUAAAUUUCUGAAAUUUUGGCGAGUAGCUAUUAUAAUAUGCACAAUUUGAAGUAGAAACUUUUUUUUCAGAUGUGCCGCUAGCUUCACGUUGAGGACGGUUAUUUAUCGGACAGCCCUCGUAAAUAUUUCUUAUUUAUUACCACGUUGAAGAAUUGGUUAAUUUUUACCCCACUUAAACUUUUUCUGUAUUUGCGGUUGCUUUCAUCAAUCACAUAUGUAUGUGUAAGAAUUAGAGCAAACAUUUAAUUCAAGAAGAUCUUUGAAAUACAAUUUUACGAACCGUGUCUUUUAAGAAUUUGGAACAUUUCUCAUAUUAGUUUAAAACAAAUUGAAGCAAAUUAUAAAAAACAUUGAAUAUUUUAGUCUAAAAGUGAACUAUUCAUUAUCGAGAAUAACAAAAUAAAUCGAUUUGCAUAAAAUUUUUUACUUAGAACGAGUUUACACCCGAAAACUUUUGUUGCUCGUUUUCGGAAUAUUCUCGUCUGGUGUUCUGCAAUCUUUUUGAUAUCAUAUUAUCAAAUUUUUGUACGCUUCAUUUAAAAUGUGCACAAAAAUAUUUUUCUUUAGAUAAUUUUUAUCUUUAUUCUUAAUUUUCGAAAACACUUCCAUUAUAAUAAACAUAUUUGCACCGAAAUUUUUAUAUUCUAUUUAAAAAGUUUAUAAUUAAAUUAAAUUUUCCUCGACGUGCCCUCGCCUACAGUUUGGGCGAUAAAAGGCGUAGUGUGUCAAUGCGCGCUUAAUCCUUUUAAAGUAUCGAUAAGUCGUUGUAUUCAUAUAUUGUGUAUCGCCCACCCCUACAUUUACUCAUUUUGAAAUUGUCAGACGGAUUGGAUGGAUUGGAAAAAUUUACUGCGACAUAAUUGGAGAAAUUUCAAGGAUUUUGGUGAGUAUAGUGUGUGAAAAAUUUAAUAAUAAAUUAAUUAGUGAUUAAAUAAAAUGAGUUGCUCAAAGAGGCAUUUGAAACGCCUUUUUAAAGCUAAAAAAGAGUUUUAUACAGAGCAAUUAGCCGUUAAAAAUGAGGCAUCAGUACGAGUUCGGGGAAACGAUGCCGCUACCGAGAAUAUUGCGCAUUGUAAUUCUUUUCAUAGUACUAAUGCCACUAGGGAAAAGCUUCCAUUAAAGAAUUUUUUUCGGGACAAAAUUAAAGCCUGGCAGAUUAAAAAUAGAAUCGGUCACAAAAGCUUACGUGAGCUUUUAUUUAUAUUAAAAGAGGAAAAUUUAGACGUACCGUUAAGUCCCUUAGUUCUAUUGGACUUAAAAAAUGAAGAAGUGGUUAUCGAACAUGUUCCGGGAAAGUAUGUUCAUCUCGGCCUUAAAAAUCAAAUUAAGAAAAUUGAAAGUAGUGUGUUAGAAUUUAAUGAAAUUGUAUUUGAUAUUAAUUUUGAUGGUCUGCCAUUAUUCAAUAGUUCAAGAACUCAACUUUGGCCAAUUUUAAUACGCAUUGUUAAUAUUCCAAAUAUAUCGGUAUUUCCUGUGGGUAUAUAUAAAGGCAAGCAAAAGCCAAGUGAUAUUGAUAAGUUUUUGAGCUAUUUUGUCAAUGAGUUUCAGUUUCUAAAGGUAAAUGGGUUAGAACCAGGCGGUAAAAUAUGUGAAUUAAAAAUUAGAUCUUUAAUAUGUGAUGCACCAGCUAGAGCAUUUGCCUGUGGUAUUCCGCAUCACACAUCAGCUCAUGGGUGCUCAAAGUGCACAGCAGAAGCAAACAAAUUUAGAAAUACCCUUGUGUAUCCCACGAAAGUUGGAAAAAUUGUAAGUGAUGAAGAUUUCGAUCUCCGAAGACACAUUGAUCAUCACCAAAUAGGAUUUCGCACAGUUAAAACACCAUUUGAAAAAGUAAAUUUAAAAAUGAUAACACAGGUACCUUUAGAUCCAAUGCAUUUAAUCGAUCUUGGAGUUAUGAAAAAGUUUUUAGUUAGAAUUUUAAAAAAUAAAUUAAGUUAUGAAAAGCGACUAUGUGUAGCAAACAAAAAACAAAUAUCCGAUCAUUUGGAAUCGCUUAAAAUUCACAUUCCAAAGAAAUUCGUUCGUCUACCUCGAAGUAUUGAGCAAGUUGCACACUGGAAAGCUACAGAAUUCAGACAAUUUUUGCUUUACACAGGCAUUUUAGUUCUAAAAGAUAAAGUGCAUGAAGAUGUAUACUAUGAGUUUUUAUUAUUACAUUGCGCUUGUAGAUUGCUCUCCUGUUCAAAAAAUGUUCAUUCAAACUUAAAAAACGCGGAAGACACCUUGAAAUUAUUCGUUGAAAAUUUUCCAAAAAUAUUUGGAGAUGAUAGUGUUUCAUACAACGUUCACAGUCUAUUGCACCUAGCUGAUAGUGUAAAAACGUUAGGAGCUAUUCAGAAUUUUUCUGCGUAUGACUUUGAAAAUUAUUUACAAAAUUAAAAAAAAAAAAACGUUAGAAAACCUACUAAAAUUUUAAAGCAACUAACUAAUAUAAAUACAUAUUCUGACUUUCAUGUUAAAUCUAAAAUAACAAGAUUUAUAGAAACAAAUUCAAAUAUUAAAGCAUAUACCAAUCUGCAUUAUUUUUUUAGCACAAAAAGUCCAAAUAAUAUCUGUUUAAUCUACCCUUUUAUUAUUAUAAAUAUUCGAGCUUUUGAAAAAUCGGAUUCCGGCUCUAGGGUAAUAAUUGGAAGACGAUAUGUUAAUAUUAUUAGUUUUUUCAAAGAACCCUUAGACUCUUUUUCAGCUUUGGGUAUAUGCUUAGCUGAUGCUGUACCCAGAACUGAAAAUGAAGUGUUUUCAAUUGAAAACAUAACUUGCAAAAUGUUAUGUUUGCCACAUAACGACCAAUUACUUUUUAUACCAAUAUUACAUGGCUGCACUAAUUAACGUUUUUAAUUUUGUUUUCAUAUACAUACUUACAUACAUAUGUAAAUAUUUGGAGUUGCUACAUAAGGAAAAAAUGUGGAAACAGCUGGAAAGCUUCGCCGGAUGAACGCUGGAAUACCCCAAUCAUUUUUAGAUAACGUUUUGGAAAAAAAGUGUUGGUUGGCACAUAACUGCACAUCUUGGAAAAAAGUUAAAAAGUUUUGGGUAGAUACAUGCACGUUUAGAAAUAAAUAUAAGGGAUCGCUAUCGGAUUUGCUAGCAGACUGGCCGCGCUACAAUGAUUUUAACGGUUACGAAUUGGUUGAUAUUGAUUUUAAUGCCCUGAAUCCAGAUAUUGGAAACGAGCUGUUCUUAAAACUUGACAAGUUUUAUAAAGUUAUCCUUCCUAUCUUAAUUGCUGAAGUAAAGGACCAAGCCAGCCGAGAAUUACUACUUUCGUAACUCCUUUACAAAGAUUUAUCAAAUACGUUAGAGUAAAACCCACAAACCAACGAUUGGUGACGCUCAAUCAGAGUUUAUAACACUAGCAACUAUACCAAAUGAUAUAUUACCAAAGAUUUCGUCCAAAAUUGAGCAAUACGCGUUUAAAAAACAGCAAUUGCAGCCUCACAUCAUUGCAGUAGGUGAGGACUAUACAAGUAUAUCAGAAUUUUUUAUAUUUUCCGACGGGCUUAAGUGGAAGUGUCCCAUUUUAAUGAAAUGCGUCGACUGUAUUAUUAAGUUAAGCUACAUAUGUAUUCCAAAUUGAAUAUUGCCAUAAUAGCAAGCAAGUUUGGGUAUUUUUGGAACAAUACUUUUUUGGGCUUAAGUCUGAAGAUUUUCAUUCAGUUUCAGCAAGUUAGAUAACUAAUUUUUUUAUUUUCUUUCUUUUCUUUUUAAUUGUUCAAAAUGUCCAAAUUUCCUUGCUAUUUAUGUCACAAACCCCACUUAACUCCAUGUUUACUUAUAAAUCAUUUAAAGGAAGAUCAUGGGCUUCAGUCCAUAGCAAAAUAUGUUUGAAAUGAGGAAAAUUGCAAUCAAAUAUUUCACAAUGUGUAUAGGUUCCGAAAACACUUAGAAAAGCAUAAAACUGUGAGUUUUUCCUCGGUAAAUAAUGAUUUAGGUCAAUCUUUAGUUUCACAACAGCCACUUACACAAUUACAGUAUCGUGAUGAAUAUCCACUUCCAUGUCUUGCAAACCACAAGCAUUCAGUCCUUGAAUUUACACUUGAACUGCACAAUCAUCCACAUUUUUCGAGAAAAGACAUUCUU